AUGGCCUCUCCCCGUGCUUCCUCCCCUCUCGCAUCAGGUGCCGAGUCUGGCCCGGACGGUAAAUCCGGUGUCUCUGGGGGCGCUGCAGCCGCCUCUGGAUCCUCCGCCAACCGCCCUUCGUCGCCCACACCCCCCGGCGGUCCUCGCACUGCACUCCGUCGCCGCGCUGCUGCCGACCAUAAGGAAUCGCUGCGCAAUGCGCGACCAGCAUCGACCCGUGCUGCGGGCGCCGGUGGCUCGUCGGGGACCAUGUUGAAGCUUUACACGGAUGAGAGCCCCGGUCUCAGGGUUGAUCCGGUUGUGGUUUUGGUUUUGAGUUUGGGAUUUAUCUUUUCUGUUGUUGGAUUGCAUGUCAUUGCCAAGAUCACUCGCAACUUCUCUUCAUAA